AUGGCCACUCCUUCGCCAAACCAGCUGUACCUCCUCGCCGACCACCUCAAACUCUCAUUACUCGAACGACAAAGAGCACUCAAACUCAAUCUGGACGCCACAAAACAAAACAGUCACAUCUCCCGCUCCCUCGAGAAUCUGCAAGAAGGCAUCGAGCAGCUGGCAGCGCAGGAAGAAGAUCUGGGAAAUGCCGAACAUGAAUCCUCCGAUUUAGCCAAACUCCGAAAGCAAUACUCCAACCUCUACUCUCAGUUUCAUGGAUCCGCGCCCAUGUCCCCCGAAUUGAGCAGGCCGAACGAUCCGGCUCUGCAGUCCACCUUCUCCGCCGCACAAGCAUCGCCCGAGGUGCGUCGAAACAGGAGUGUACGCUUCCGAGACAACCCGGAUGAGCAGGAGCGCGAGGAUCCGGUGGAGGCGGCAAAUCGCGCCGCCCUCUUCUCCGACACGGAACGCUAUCGAGACGAGCCCGAGGGGCCAGAUCAGGGACAGAUGGACAAUCAGCAGAUCCACACCUAUCACAAGCAGGUCUUACGCGACCAAGAUGAGCAGCUGGAUGCGCUGGGGCAGAGUAUUGGGCGCCAGAGGGUUUUGGGAAUCCAGAUGGGCAACGAGCUCGAGGAGCAAAAUGAGCUGCUAGAGGAUGUGGAAAGCGGCGUAGACCGGCACACGACCACCUUGGAUCGAGCGCGCAAGAGAUUAGGGCAUGUGGCGCGCAAGAGCAAGGAUAAUUGGAGCUGGGUGACCAUCGGCAUUUUGAUUGUCAUAUUGGUCUUGCUGAUUAUCGUGCUAAACUAA